UCCAUUUCAGGUAAAUACUAUGUCUCUCAUCUGCUCACUUUCUUAUUCAAGGGGGUUUUAGGGCUUGUGUUAUGUAAGACAUUUUUUCCAGUUUUCGCUCUCGAAAUUUCAAUUAGAGUGAAUGGGGACCUGUUUGUUCCAGCCCAGUUCUUGGUUUUGGCUUGAAAUGUGAUGGUCAAACGUAUGAAUUAAUGAAGCUUGUAUGGAUGACAUGGACGAUGGACUGGGUGAUGAAGUGACUUUGGCUGAUGCAGCUGAGGGUUCUCACCCCCAGAAUAAAGAGAAUGAGUAUUCACUGAAACCUGAAAGCUGCAACAAGUUUGAAUCUCAAGAAAUGGCCAUACCAAAAAUCAAUUCUCCCGAUGGCUCAUUUCAAAUACUUGCAGAUAUGUUAGAAGGCAAGAACAUAAAUAGGAUUGUGAGUUCCGUGGAUGCAUCAGAACACCCAUGUACUGGCCUUCAAGAUGUGGAUGAUGCAGGUGUCAUGGUUGAAGAGCUCACUGUGCAAAAAUACAAUAGUUCAAAUUUAGCCAUUGUGGGGACAUCAAACUAUAGGGAAAGAAUGAAGACCAGGCAGUAUCUUCAUCAGCUGGCGGUUGGAUCAGGAAGUGGGAGCUCACACGGUGAUAAGGAAAAGGGUCAGACUAUAUUGAGUGGAUGGGAAGAUAUGGGAGACACUUCUAUUCAUGGUUUCUUGGCUCAGAAACCACUAAAUGAUGAUCACAAUAUUGUCAUGGAACGGUUGACAAAUUCUGAAAAUAAUGGGGUUUCAAGCAAUAUGUUAUCUCAUGGACAUAUGCGAACAAAGAUUUUAUCCAAGUCAGGGUUUUCUGAGUUCUUUGCUAAAACUACUCUGAAGGGUAAGGGGAUGGUAUGUCGAGGUUCACCUUGUGAUGCAUUUAAACAGCCAAGAGAUCUGAAAAAUACCGAGGCAGCUUUUGGUACUACAAUGCAUUCUAAUGAUUCCUUGAUGGCUGCUGGACCCAUUACAGGGGCCUCUAAUGUUUUACCAAAAAUUGUUGAUGGCACCAUGGUUACUUCUAAUUCUUCUUUGAGCUUGGGUGCCAAAGUCGGUGUGCCUUCUUCUGGUAGGCUCAGUGGAGCCAGGCCUGGUAGUUCUGAUCAUGGGGUGAGUUUGAGGGAAUGGCUGAAAGCUAGGGGUCAUAAAGUGAAAAGUUUUGAGUGUUCGCAUAUAUUUAGGCAGAUUGUGGAUCUGGUGGAUUAUUCUCACACUCAAGCUAUUACAUUGCUUGACUUGCGACCAUCAUCUUUCAAGUUGUUGCGAUCAAAUCAGGUUAAGUACCUUGGACCAAUUAGUCAAAAAGAAACUUUACAGGGUGUUACAGAUCAAGAUGUUCCUAACUCGGAGAACUAUCCACACAGGAGAAGGCCAGCAGAGGAAGAAGGGUCUCCUCCUGGAGUUAUAUCUGCAAAGAAGCAAAAAUUUAACAACAUGGGUUUUGUCAGAAGGUGGCCUCCAUUCUCUUCAAGAUCUGGCAUCAAAGUUGAAACAACUAAUGACAGUGACAUAAAUACAACCAGCAUACAGCAUUCUUCAAAUGAUGUUAAGUACAGCAGCACCCUUAUCUCUGAUACAGUGCAACAACAUUUGACUUCUGUAAGUGAGCAAUUGGAAGAGAAAUGGUAUGCAAGUCCUGAGGAGCUUAAUGAAGGGGUCUGCUCUAUUUCUUCGAACAUCUACAGUCUUGGUGUUCUUUUUUUUGAGUUACUUGGUCGUUUUGAUUCUGAAAUGGCACAUGCUGCAGCAAUGUCAGAUUUACGCCAUAGGAUCCUACCUCCUACUUUUCUAUCUGAAAAUCCCAAGGAAGCUGGAUUUUGCCUAUGGUUACUUCAUCCUGAACCUCUUUCACGCCCAACAACCAGGGAAAUCCUACAAUCUGCAGUAAUUAAUGGAUUGCAGGAGUUGUGUGCAGAGGAACUGUCAUUGUCCAUUGAUCAAGAUGAUUCUGAAUCAGAACUAUUAUUUCAUUUCCUGAUUUCGUUGGAAGAACAAAAGAAAAAUCAUGCUUCUAAGUUACAGGAAGACAUUAGAUGCUUAGAAGCAGAUAUCUCUGAGGUUUAUAGAAGGCUGUGUCUGAAAAAUUCCUUGGUUCAAUCUUGCCUGCAAAAGAACUCCAUUAAUGCAAGUGAAAAUAAGUACCUCAUCACACAACCCUCAGGUUCAGAGGUGCAUUUGUCCCCUGUUCUUGAUGCAAAUGAAAUGAGUUUGAUGAGGAAUCUCAGUCAGCUUGAAAGGGCUUAUUUCUCAAUGAGAUCUAAAAUCCAGUUCCCCGACACUGAUGCUACAACACGCCAGGAUAAGGAUUUACUGAAACAGCGUGAGAAUCAGUAUUUAGCCCAAAAGGAGGGAGUGCAAAAUCCCACUGAUGUUCUAGGGUCCUUCUUUGAUGGUUUGUGCAAGUUUGCUCGCUACGGUAAGUUUGAAGUGCGUGGUACACUGAGAACUGGUGACUUGAACAACUCUGCAAAUGUGAUUUGCUCGCUUAGUUUUGACCGGGAUGAAGACCAUUUUGCUGCUGCUGGGAUAUCAAAGAAAAUAAAGGUAUUUGAGUUUAAUGCACUCCUCAAUGACGCAGUCGAUAUUCAUUAUCCAGCAUUGGAGAUGUCAAACAGAUCAAGGCUUAGCUGCAUUUGCUGGAACAAUUAUAUUAAGAACUUUCUGGCUUCAGCUGACCAUGAUGGUGUGGUCAAGAUAUGGGAUGCAAGCACUGGUCAAACGGUUUCACAUUUCAUUGAGCAUGUAAAGCGAGCUUGGUCUGUUGACUUCUCCAGAGUACAUCCAACAAAGUUGGCCAGUGGAAGUGAUGAUUAUUCUGUUAAGCUGUGGAGCAUUAACGAGAAAAACUGUCUAGCUACCAUCAGGAAUGCUGCAAAUGUCUGCUGUGUUCAGUUCUCCACCCACUCCACUCAUUUGCUGGCCUUCGGUUCUGCAGAUUACAGAACCUAUUGCUAUGAUAUUCGGAAUACUAAAGCUCCCUGGUGUGUAUUAGCUGGCCAUGAGAAAGCGGUUAGUUAUGUGAAAUUCUUGGACUCUGGCACUCUUGUUACAGCAUCCACUGAUAAUACCUUGAAGCUUUGGGAUCUUACAAAAACAAGUCAUUGUGGCCUAUCCACAAAUUCCUGCAGCUUAACCUAUAGUGGGCAUACCAAUGAGAAGAACUUUGUGGGGUUGUCUACUGCUGAUGGCUACAUAGCUUGCGGUUCUGAAACAAAUGAGGUUUAUGCUUACUAUAGAUCUCUACCUAUGCCGGUUGCUUCCUACAAGUUUGGCUCCAUUGAUCCUAUUUCGGGAAAAGAGACUGAUGAUGACAAUGGGCUGUUUGUUUCAAGUGUCUGCUGGAGAGCUAAAUCAGACAUGGUAGUUGCUGCCAAUUCAAGUGGGUGUAUAAAAGUGUUGCAGAUGGUUUAAGCGAUGUUAAGCCUGUGACGCCUAUCUAAGAAUUAUUUGUUUAUGUUUUCUCUUGGAUUGCGAUUCUUGAGCUAAAACUGAGAAGUGCACCAGAUAAACUCAAAGAACCAAGAGAUUCCCUUUUUCAGUUUUUUGGCUACUUAUCUCUCUGAUAGAAAGCAAGUCAGCUGAAAGCUCUCUAUGAAGCAUUUAGCUAUUUCAGCCUCAAGUAUUGUGGUUAAAGAAUAGGCAGAACUCACAAGAGUCACUAAUAAUGAAGUUGGAUGCCCAAUUUAUAUGCAGGACUAGUGGACUGGGCAAGGACUAUAUGUAGGCUUCAAAACCGGGAGUAUGAUAGUGCUGUCUGUGAUGGCAAGAGGCUUUACCCGAUGCAUUGGGAUAUAGAAAAGCAAUCGAAAGAUUAAUACACGAUGUAAGCAACCGGAUGGAAAUCAAGGGAUUUCUGCAAGCAGCAUCAAAUAUGUUGAUGGGAAGCAAGAUUAUGGUGUGGAUAUGUGAAUUAUUCUCAGUUCUUCAUGAUAACAAUCAGAGACAGACUUCUAUGCAUUUUUUGUGACCAUGCUGUAUGCUCACAAGACAAGGCAGAAGCAUCUUGGUUCCUCGAAUCAUUCCGAGAAUUCCUGCAUAGGUUGCAUCCGAGAAUUGAAGUUAUAGCUACUAAAGUGAAUUGUAUAUCUUGUGUAUAUGAUAAUUUUGCUUUCAAUAGAUGUGUAGAUCUUAUAUACUGUUCUAUAUCAUAAUUCAAUUUUGUCAGAUUGUUGAAGUGCUCAAUAAAGGUAAUUGUUGCUGUU